AUGGUUACAAUCACAAUAAGAUCAAGAGUCGACACAAACUUUGAACUGCAAAUUGAAGCCUACGUGUUGAAAAAUAUUACGUCAUGUCUGCCUGAAAGGAAAUUAGAGCCAUUUGAUUGGAUAGAAAUAAAUGGUUUAUAUUUGGCAGAUCCGGAGUUCAACAUUCCGAACAAAAUUGAUAUGUUGUUUGGAGCCAAUGUGUACAGCCACAUACUAAAAGAAGGCAUGAAGAGGAGUCCAAACGGAAACUUUAUUGCUCAAAGUACGAAGCUCGGAUGGAUAAUAUCAGGCACUGUCAAUGAGAGGUCAAGCGAAGAUAAAGAAAAUUCGAACGUUAUUUCAGUAUUGCAUACUAGAGCAGAAGAAGACAUUUUAAAGAAAUUUUGGGAAUUAGAGGAACAAUUACCAAGAUCAACAUGGUCAGAAGAAGAACAAGCCUGUGAAGAGAUUUUCAAAAGGACAACAAAUAGAACACCGGAAGGGCGAUAUAUUGUAAAUUUACCCUUCCGAGAAGAUUUUGCCCAAUGUCAAAACAAUGGAUCAUUGGAGAUAGCAAUAGCUAAGUUCAAAUCAUUGGAAAAAAGACUCUCGAAAGACUUGGAACUCAAGGCCAGUUAUAAGGAAGUGAUUAACGAAUAUUUACAACUAGGGCACAUGCGAACAGUUGAAGAAAAGGACGAAAAGGCACACGAAGCAGUAUAUUUACCCCAUCAUGCUGUUGUACGAAUGGAUAAAUCAACCUCAAAGGUUCGAGUAGUAUUUAAUGCUUCCAGCAAGAAUAAGCGAGGGUUUCAUUAA